AUGGACAAAAUUAUGGAAGCCAAUCCAGAAGCUAUCGCAUACCUUGAUGAGUGGCAUUCUAAUUUGUGGAGCAGAAGCAAGUUCUCUACGACAUGCAAAUGUGACUAUGUGAUGAACAACAUAGCCGAGUCAUUCAACUCCAUGAUUAAGAAAUUGAAGGGUUUCCCUGUUCUUGAAUUAUUGGAUGCAUUGCGAGAAUGGCUAAUGGUCAGAUUUGAAAUAAGAGCUAAAAUAGCGGAGAAAUUUGUACGCAGACAUCUACAAAUUCUGCCAAGGAUCAGCAACAUGAUGAACAAUAGAUCAAGGGGGAUUGUGCUAGUUGGGAUAUCUAGAAGUGAUGACUGCAAAGCGGAGGUCACUAUAAAGAUCCAUGGAUAUAAUUGGAAGCAUUGUGUAGAUUUGGAGAAGUGGGAAUGCUCAUGUAGACAGUGGCAAGUAACUGGACAACCUUGCCUACAUGCCAUUGCAUUCAUCACAAGUAUUAGAGGAGGUCGAGAGAUAGAUGACUAUGCGCAUGAGUACUACUCCGUGAAAUCAUUCAGCAAUGCAUAUGCAAAAAAUGCGCCCACCAUGACUGAUAAGAAACAAUGGCCAGUGGUCGAUGUUGGGUUCAAAUUGCACCCUCCUGUACUGAAAAAGGCUGCUGGUAGACCUAGGACACAAAGGAUAAAGUCAACCUUUGAGAGCAUAUCAAAGAGAAGACACAAGUGCCCAGAAUGCAAAGAACUUGGGCAUUUGUUGAAGACAUGUCCAAAACUUUAUCCCGAACACAAGACAAGAAACAGGAAAAGGAAAAAUGUUGAGCCAGUAGACAUCGAAGACGCAGAAGCUAUUGCCAUAGAUGCUGAGACUAUGGGCACUACAAGUGCUGAAAAUGGUUCUACAAACAAGAGAAGAGGUGGUAAAAGGGCAAAGUCUAGCCCAGUUCUUGAAGCAUCUAAGAAGACUUCUGCUACCCAUGAUAGCCCAGCAAAGAACACAAGAAGAAAAUGUCCUCCGUCGAAGAACACAAGAAGCAAAAAAUGUCCUUUGGUGAAGAGCACAAGCAAAAAGAAGUUGUGA